UUUUUUAAUUCUCUUUUCCCAACAGAGCAAGACCUGCUGAGUCUGAGAGCGACUGAAUGACGCGAGAUAUUUUGUUGAGUUUCAUUAAACCCUACUAUUUGUCUUCAACAAAGAAACACGAACGGAACAACAUGGACGAGGAGGAGCCGCGUGACGAAGGACAACAAGGAGGUUCUGUCGAGCAAAGCCCAGAGCAACUGGUGGCCCGUGCCAUAGCCCCCGUCAAGAAGGAUUUCCUCCGUCCUCCUCCCGUUCGCUCUUCCUCUCCAAACGACGGCGUUUCCAUUCCCAAUGAUAACAACAAGACCUCUGUUCUCGCCAAGGAGAAGAAGUCCAAGCGCCAACUCAAACGCGAACGUCGUCUGGAACAAAAGUCAGCACGAAACCUGUGUCCCGAAAUUGCCAAAACAGGGGAUGUUAGUUCAUGUCCUUAUAAAGACAAGUGUCGUUUCAGCCAUGAUUUGGAAGCCUUCAAGGCACAGAAACCUGCUGAUCUAGAGGGGCAAUGUCCUUUCUUUAAAUCUGGAGGCGCUUGCCCAUAUGGUUUAGGGUGUAGAUUUUCGAGUACGCAUGAAGAUGGUGUGCCUUCUGCCAAUCUGAAUGGUCUUAAGAAUAAUUCCGAGGUGAAUGGGUUGAGCAAACAUGUUCAAAAGCUUUUGUGGAAAAAUAAGAUGAGCUUCUCCAAGGCAGAUGCCCAACUCAAAAGUCUAGGCCUCGUGGGAACCUCUAAGUCAAAAAGGAAUGACUUGGAAAAUAAAGAUGAAGGUGACACUGGUUCAAAUAAGUGUGAUCAUUCUGAUUACAGUGGAUCUUGUGUUGUUACCUCCGACUCAUGUUGUAAGUUGGAAUGCCCUGAAGAAGUUAUGAAAGAUGAUGACAAUGACAUAGAUGGAAAAUCUGAAUCUGAUGUACUUUGCCCCCAGAAGAGAAGAAAAAUUGCAGAAAAUUGUGGUCCUAUGGAUGCAGAAAAUGAAGGUGUUAGUGUUACUGAGCAAAUUGUUGAAAGAAGUUGCACAAAAUCUGAACCCGAAGCUGGAACCGAUGCUCUAACCCCAGAAACUGAUCUAAGCCUGAAGCUGCACUCACGUGAAAAGAAGCUGAUUGAUUUUAGGGAGAAGUUGUAUCUCGCACCCUUGACCACUGUUGGCAAUCUCCCUUUCCGAAGAGUUUGCAAAGUAUUAGGAGCUGAUGUAACUUGUGGUGAAAUGGCAAUGUGCACAAAUCUUUUGCAGGGUCAAGCCUCUGAAUGGGCAUUGCUAAGACGUCAUUCAUCUGAAGAUUUAUUUGGUGUACAAAUCUGUGGGGCAUAUCCUGAUACUGUGGCACGAACAGUUGAACUAAUAGAGCAAGAGUGUACAAUAGAUUUUAUUGAUAUAAAUAUGGGUUGUCCUAUUGACAUUGUUGUGAAUAAGGGUGCUGGAUCAGCUCUUCUAACAAAACCAAUGCGGAUGAAAAGUAUUGUAGAAGUUGCUUCAGGCACAGCGGAAAAACCAAUAACUAUCAAGGUACGGACUGCUUAUUUUGAAGGGAAGAAUCGCAUUGAUUCUCUGAUAGCAGACAUUGGCUCUUGGGGUGCCAGUGCUGUGACAAUACAUGGUAGGUCACGUCAACAACGCUAUAGCAAGCUUGCUGACUGGGACUACGUAUACCAGUGUGCCAGGAAAGCCCCUACUACAUUGCCCGUAGUGGGGAAUGGAGAUGUUUUUUCAUUUGUAGACUGGAACAACCACAGAACUGAAUGCCCUGAACUUGCUACGGACAUGGUUGCUCGUGGUGCACUGAUUAAACCUUGGAUAUUUACUGAGAUCAAGGAACAGAGACAUUGGGACAUCAGUUCUGGCGAGCGUCUAAAUAUUCUCAAAGAUUUUGUGAAUUUUGGUCUUGAACACUGGGGUUCUGACACAAAAGGGGUUGAGACAACAAGGCGGUUCUUGUUGGAAUGGCUUAGCUACACUUUCAGGUAUAUACCUGUUGGUCUUUUGGAUGUGGUUCCACAACGAUUAAACUGGCGUCCACCAUCUUACUAUGGGCGUGAUGAGCUUGAGACACUAAUGGCCUCAGACUCUGCUGCCGAUUGGAUACGAAUAUCAGAGAUGCUACUUGGCAAGGUUCCAGAUGGCUUUACAUUUGCUCCUAAGCAUAAAUCAAAUGCUUACGAUAGAGCUGAAAAUGGUUGAUUCUGGAGUUAAUUUUCGAUACCGAUUCUGAUGAGAACCGUUUUCUUCUCAACUGCUGACUAAUGAAGAGACAAGCUGAAGAGACAUUUGUCAGCAUUCUUAUCUAUUUGUUCCAUUGUGAGAAUUGUUCAUCAUUGACCUUGGACUUUUCAGUCCUCCACUAGGAAACUAAACAUUUAAUAAAACAUCGACAUUUGAAAUGUAAACAUUAAAGGUUUUUAGAGUCAUGCCAACUUGCAUGCUCGGGUCAAUUAAAUUUUCUGCUUGCAAUA